GCCCCGAGGCCUGGCUGUCCGCCGCCGUUUGAAAACAACAGUUGGGCGCCGCUGCAGCUGCAUCCUCACCUCACUCUCAGCCCCGGGCCUGACGUGUCGUUGCGCCCUAGCGGGAGCUGCGCGAGGCAAGUGGUCGCGCCGGCUCUGUGCUCACCCGAGACUAACGUUCUGGGGCCGGCUGGGGCGCCUGAAGCGAAAAGAAUCCGUGGUGAGGUGCCGGCCCCAGUAUGUCGCUGCCUCCGGAGAAAGCCUCUGAGCUGAAGCAGCUCAUCCACCAGCAGCUGAGCAAGAUGGAUGUCCAUGGCAGAAUAAGAGAAAUCCUUGCUGAGACAAUACGGGAAGAAUUAGCACCUGAUCAACAACAGUUAUCAACAGAAGAUUUGAUCAAAGCUCUUAGACGUCGGGGAAUCAUUGAUGAUGUGAUGAAAGAACUUAAUUUUGUUGCUGACAAUGUUGAUCAAGAACUCCUUUCCUCUCCAAAACAAUCAGUUUGUUUUACUGAUAAACAAUCAACAUUGUUAAAAAAAACUAAUAUUGAUCCAACACGGAGGUAUCUUUACCUUCAGGUUUUGGGUGGAAAAGCUUUCUUGGAACAUCUGCAAGAACCUGAGCCUUUACCGGGACAAGUUUGUUCAACGUUUACUUUAUGUUUACAUUUUCGAAACCAACGUUUUCGUUCUAAACCUGUUCCAUGUGCCUGUGAACCAGAUUUUCAUGAUGGCUUUUUACUUGAAGUACACAGAGAAAGCUUAGGUGAUGGAACUAGAAUGGCUGAUUCAACAACAAUGUUAUCAAUAAGUGACCCAAUUCAUAUGGUGCUAAUCAAAACAGACAUAUUUGGUGAGACCACUUUAGUAGCAUCCUAUUUUCUCGAAUGGCGAUCAGUUUUGGGCUCAGAAAAUGGAGUUACCAAUCUUACUGUGGAACUUAUGGGUGUAGGCACAGAAUCAAAAGUUUCUGUGGGAAUUUUAAAUAUAAAACUUGAGAUGUAUCCACCACUCAAUCAAACAUUAUCUCAAGAAGUAGUGAACACACAGCUUGCUUUGGAACGGCAGAAAACUGCAGAGAAAGAGCGAUUAUUUCUUGUAUAUGCUAAACAGUGGUGGAGAGAAUAUUUGCAAAUUCGACCCUCACACAACUCGCGGCUGGUUAAGAUUUUUGCUCAGGAUGAAAAUGGGAUAAAUAGACCAGUCUGCUCCUAUGUUAAACCACUUCGAGCUGGGCGGCUUCUGGAUACUCCAAGGCAAGCAGCAAGAUUUGUUAAUGUCCUUGGUUAUGAAAGAGCCCCUGUUAUUGGAGGAGGAGGUAAACAGGAACAGUGGUGCACUCUGCUGGCCUUUCUCUGUAGAAACAAGGGUGACUGUGAAGAUCACGCUAACCUUCUAUGCAGCCUUCUUCUUGGAUAUGGAUUAGAAGCCUUUGUCUGUGUUGGGACUAAGGCAAAAGGAGUACCUCAUGCAUGGGUGAUGACUUGUGGAACUGAUGGAACCAUCACUUUUUGGGAGAGUUUAACAGGACACAGUGGUUCUACCCAAGAGGAUCUUGGCCUCACUACUGUUUGGGAAGACCAACUUUCCUAUCUCUUAUCACCAGCUUUGGCUUCUUAUGAAUUUGAGCGUACAACAAGUAUAUCUGCAGGCAAUGAAGAAUUUCAAGAUGCUAUAAGGAGGGCUGUACCUGAUGGCCAUACGUUUAAAGGGUUUCCAAUACAUUUUGUGUAUAGAAACGCAAGGCGUGCAUUUGCCACAUGUCUUCGGUCUCCUUUCUGUGAAGAAAUAAUCUGUUGCCGUGGAGACCAGGUGCGACUGGCAGUUCGUGUCCGAGUAUUUACUUACCCUGAAUCUGCAUGUGCUGUUUGGAUCAUGUUUGCUUGUAAAUAUCGCUCGGUAUUAUAGGCGUAACAUUUCUAUAAGAAUAUACCUAUGUUUUAUUGGAAUUUUACACAUUGUAUAUUACUAGUUGUAUAGAGGUUAUUUUAAAAAUCACAACCUGGCUUGGAUGUCACAUUUCAAUUCUGUAUAUACCACACUGAUAAUGUUUGAAAAAAAUUGUGUGUAUUUAAAAAUUAAGGAUGAAAAACUUGUAUAAAUAUUUACAAGUGGAAUUUAGUAUAAAUUUAGUGUAUAUUCUAUUUUAAUGCUACUUUGUUUACAGGUAUUCGGUAGUUUAAAUAUGAAUAUAAAUUUUACUCAGUUUUCUUUAUAUUAAUAGGUAGUCAUAAAGAUAUUUGAGGGUUUGAGCCAUAGUAAAAUCAAUAUCAUUAUUUUUCAUUGAUUAAUGGGAGGAUUAUUUUAUAUAAACUCAGAGAAAUUAACCUCACAACAGAUUUAUUUAUUACAUAGGUGAAAAGACCUUUUGAUGAGUUAACACUUUUGUGGUUUACCCAUGGCCAUAGGGAUAUUUGUGACUUUCCAGAGAUUUAUGGGAAGACUUUGAUGCAAGAGUAGGAAAAACUAGUACUGGAAAAGCAUAAAUAUUAAUAACAACAAACCUCAUAUGAAAGUACAUGAAUAAUUUAUAAAUAUUUGUUAGUUUUAUUCAUUAUAAAAAUGAAUUACGUAUUUUAGGAAACAACUUAUACCCUUUUGUUGUUAUACUGAUAAAUUCUUUAUAAUUAA